CACCUUGAUUAAUAUACGACUGGGUGCUGAAACGUCCCUGGCUUAAGAGAAAGACUUGGUUGGAGGCCCAACCUUCCAAGUUCUUUUACAGGUCUUAGAAAAACUGAAGGCCCGUUGCAACAGGUACAUCGAUGAUAAUGCUGACCGUUUUAUUAAACGGCUUGGUAUUGCUGUGGCCAUUCCUAGUGUGUCAGCAUCUGUGAAACUGAGGCCAGAAGUUAGAAGAAUGGUUGAAUGGACAAAAGCUGAAAUGGAGAAACUUCAUAUUCAAACUGAAUUACUGGAACUUGGAGAUCAAGUCUACCCAUCCUCAGAAGUCCUUAAACUUCCUCCUGUGAUUUUUGGACAACUUGGUAAGGAUCCUAAAAAGAAAACCUUGCUAGCGUAUGGACAUGUUGAUGUUCAACCAGCGGAUAAGUCUGAUGGCUGGGAUACAGAGCCAUUUGUUUUAACAGAAAUUGAUGGCAAGUUAUAUGGGAGAGGAGCUUCUGACGAUAAGGGACCAGUUCUUGGUUGGCUGAAUGCUGUUGAAGCAUAUCAAAACCAGAAAAUUGACAUUCCUGUCAAUUUAAAAUUUGUGUUUGAAGCCAUGGAAGAAUCUGGUUCUGAUGGUCUUGCAAACCUGUUGAUGUCAAAGAAGGAUUCUUUUUUGAAGGAUAUUGAUUUUGUCUGCAUCUCGGACAAUUCCUGGCUUAGCAAGAAUAGACCUUGCUUGACUUACGGACUUCGUGGAGUUUGUCACUUCUACGUUGAAGUAGAAUGUUCGUCUAAAGAUUUACAUUCCGGUGUGUUUGGUGGUUCUGUUCAUGAAGCAAUGAGCGACCUUAUAUUUUUGAUGAAUUCUUUGGUUGAUGUCAAAGGUCAUAUCCUGAUUCCAGGAAUUUAUGAUUCUGUGGAACCACUCACUUCGGAAGAAAAUUCUUUAUAUCAGGAUAUUGAUUUUGAUUUGGAAGACUGCCGGAAAGAUAUAGGCUGUGAAAAACUUCUACAUUCGUCAAAGGUUGAACUUCUGCAGCAUAAUUGGCGACACCCUUGUCUUUCUCUUCAUGGUAUUGAAGGGGCUUUCAGUGAACCUGGCGCAAAGACUGUUAUUCCCAGAAAAGUGACUGGAAAGUUCUCCAUUCGUAUAGUGCCAAACCAGACUCCUGAUGAAGUGCAACGAUUGACCAAAUCUUAUUUGGAGAAUUGCUACAAGACAAGAGGCUCCCCCAACAAACUUCGGAUAACCACAACAGGUAGCCCUCCUUGGAUCAGUGAUUAUAAACACGAGAAUUAUGCUGCUGCUAAAAAGGCUUGUAAAAAAGUGUAUGGUGUUGAACCUGACAUGACUCGUGAAGGCGGUAGUGUUCCAUUAGCCUUCUUUUUCGAGAAAGCAACAAGCAAAAAUAUCGUGCUACUACCCAUGGGGGCUUGUGACGAUGAUCUACAUUCCCAGAAUGAGAAACUUGACAUCUGUAAAUUCAUUGACGGGACUAAACUAUUUGCUGCUUACAUUGAUGAACUGGGAAAACUCGGAAAAUGAUGAAUCAAUGAAUUCUUGUGAAGUAAACGUUUUCUGAUUAAUUCCUCUAAUCAACCAGAUUUCGGAGAGUCUAUUCUAUAUGAUUUUGUCUAUUUAUUUAUUUCACCUGUUUUCCAUACUUUUUUUAAAAAAUCUAUAUGGUUGUAUAAAAAUAAACACAUCAUUUGAAAUCUUAAA